ACGAUCUUUGUUCUGACGCACAUCUCCCGCGAAACUUGUUUCAGGAAGAAGAGCACGGAGAGGUUUGGCGAUGAGUAAAAAGGACAGUGGUGCAUCUGUCAUCCUUGCCUAUCUGAAUGAGAAGAACAGGCCGUACAGUGCGCAGGAUGUCUUUUGUAAUCUACAGAAACAACAUGGUCUUGGCAAAACGGCCGUGGUCAAAGCCAUGGAGCUGCUUGCCAUUGAAGGAAAGAUUAAAGAGAAAAUUUACGGUAAACAAAAGAUCUAUUUUGCAGAUCAGGGCCAAUUCAAAGAUGUGAGUGAUGAUGAUCUAAAGGAAAUGGACAGUCAGAUCUCAAAGCUCAAUGCAGAGCUACAGACACUCACACAGAACUGCAGACAGCUAGAUUCAGAGCUAAAGGAACUGAACAACUCUUUGACAACUGAGGAAAUGACCCAAGAGAUAAAACAGCUGAAAGAAGAGUGUUCAGGAUUCAAAACCAGACUGGAGAAGAUAAAAUCGGCUAAAAACCAUGUCACACCUGAAGAGAAGGAAAAGGUUUACAAAGAGCGAAAUCUGUAUGUCAAAGAGUGGAAGAAGAGAAAGAGAUUGGUGUCUGAUAUGAUGAAUUCAAUUUUGGAGGGGUAUCCAAAGAGCAAAAAAGAGUUCCUGGAAGAAGUUGGUGUGGAGACAGAUGAAGAUUAUAAAGUCACCAUCCCAAAUAUUUAAAAGACUGGUGUUCGAGCCC